AGGAACAUUGAAGAGAAGAAAAAAACGUAAACGUCAUUGCUGUGAGUUGGAAGUAUGCUAGUGAAAAAUUUAUCUGAUACUUGAGAAAUUUUGUCUAAUUCUCCCUCGGAACAGUUUCCUGUGCGCUUCAAGAAUCGACUAGCAGCAAUUAAUAUCGUGAUGUCUCCCCCGGGGAACGGAAUCUUUGUCGUCCGGGGCGAAAUGUCCACCCUGACGACGGCAAUGCGACGUGGCUCACGGUGGAGCUCCAACACUUAUCAGGAGGACGAAAAAGAUGGUCUGUUGAAAAACUUUCAUGAAUUGAAGGAAACACUGCUUCAGGUGGAGGAUUUACGAUUAGUCGAACCGGGAGUAUUUCUAGGGCCAUUUCUGGAAGUGAUACGUUCGGAGGAAACCACCGGACCUGUAACCAGUUUGGCUCUGGCGGCUGUCAACAAAUUCCUGUCCUACGGACUGAUAGAUCCAACUCAUUCGACGCUGGCAGCUACGGUGGAAAGUAUUGCGGAUUCAGUUACACACGCCCGGUUCGUGGGUACCGAUCAGACCUCCGACGGGGUAGUGCUGAUGAAGAUUGUACAAGUUUUACGCACGCUGAUGCUGAGUCCGGAAGGGAGUGCUCUUUCCAAUGAAAGUGUUUGCGACAUUAUUCUGAGCUGUUUUCGGUUAUGCUUCGAGCCACGUUUGAAUGAGUUGGUCCGGAAAACGGCGGAGAAUGCCUUGAGAGAUAUGGUGCUGUUAUUGUUCAUGAGAUUACCGCAGUUUGUGGAGGGUGGUCACUUUAAUCUCAAGACAUUGAAGAUGCGCUCUAGCUCGAUGGAUCAGACUAGCAAAAAACGAAAAAGUAGUAAGGUGGAACUAAAACCCUUGUCGUCAAAUCCCAAAAUUAUAACGACCGACGAAAGCAGCUUAAAUGAACCAGAACCAACAACUCCGGUUGUUAGUAAUGUUCCGAAAGGAUUGAAACCUCCCCCUUUGUCGACUACACCGGCAACACCAGCCGGACCAAUUGUGGAUAUGCAAGGAACGAUAUCUCAAACGCCUAGAAGUUGUCAAGAACCGAAACAGGAAGCAGUUACAGCAGAAAUCGAUCCUCAAGCUCGAUCAGAAUCACUAAACGAUGUUGUCCAAUCGGAACCAGAGGAUCCUCCAGCAGCUUCGUUUGUAGAUGCGGUAGGCGUUCGUUUCACCCAUCAACAGGACGAAGAAAAUGUUGGUCAAACUCCGCACCUGCCCUAUGGAUUGCCGUGCAUUCGCGAACUGUUUCGCUUUCUAAUCUCGCUUUGCAAUCCUCUGGACAAACAGAAUACCGACGUUAUGAUCCAUAUGGGUCUGACGCUACUAACUGUAACGUUUGAGGUGGGUGCAGACAGCAUCGGGAAGUAUGAUUCUCUGCUAGCCAUUGUCAGGGAUGAUUUGUGUAAAAAUCUGUUUGCGCUACUAGCAACGGAGCGAAUUUCCAUAUUUGCUACCGAUUUGCAGCUUUGUUUUCUGCUGUUCGAAUCGUUACGAUCGCAGCUUAAGUUUCAGCUGGAGUACUAUCUCACCAAGUUGGCAGAUCUGAUUGUUAACGAGAACCCGCGGAUUCUGUACGAAGCUAGAGAGCUUGCUCUGGACAAUUUGCUACAGCUGUGGCGCAUACCGGGUUUUGCUGCAGAACUCUACAUCAACUAUGACUGUGACUUGUACUGUUCCAAUCUGUUCGAAGACCUGACCAAGCUGCUGUCCAAGAACACCCUAUCGGCAACGCAUUCGAUCUACAGUGUCCACACGCUUUCGCUGGAUGCCCUACUGACGAUUAUCGGUGCAAUCGAACGAAACUGCAUCCAGGCGAAAAAUGGUGAGAAACCGACGUACAUGCGGCAUUCCAGGAACAACUCCAGCGUGGAUAGAAUAGUGCUGGAACCGAGUCUUUCGCUGGAUCAGAGUGGGAGCAGUCCGCAAGACCCCGACGUCAGCGAAGUGGUACCGGUGGAAAGCAUCAACAAGUACUUGAAGUCUAGUCAGAACGAAGAUCGACUGCGGCAGAUCGUUCGCCAGGAAGCAGCCGGCGAUGGAACGACGCUAAGUCACGAAGAAUUGGCAGCAAUCAAGAAAAAGAAACGGCUACUAACGCAAGGAACGGACCUGUUCAAUCAACGGCCGGAGAAGGGGAUUCAGUUUUUGCAGGAAAAUGGUAUCCUGAACAGUACGCUGGAUCCACUCGAGGUCGCUCACUUUCUGCGAGAGAACUCCGGUCUGGAUAAGAAGAUGAUUGGCGAGUACAUUAGCAAGAAGAAGAAUGUGGAGAGUAAAAUUUUGGAGGUUUUCGUCAAAUCGUUCGAUUUUGCCGGGUUGACCAUCGACCAGGCGCUGAGGUUGUACCUGGAAACGUUCCGAUUGCCCGGGGAAGCACCGUUGAUUUUUUUGGUCAUGGAACAUUUCGCUGAUCACUGGCAUAAUUGCAACAAUGAACCGUUUGCAAACACGGAUGCUGCGUUCCGAUUAGCAUACGCAGUCAUUAUGCUAAACAUGGAUCAACACAACUACAACGCGAAACGUUUGAAUGUGCCAAUGACGGCUGAGGAUUUUCUGAAAAAUUUACGUGGAUUGAACGGAAAUUCCGAUUUCGACCAGGACAUGCUGGUCAAUGUUUAUCAUUCUAUUAGAAACGAAGAAAUUGUCAUGCCAGCCGAGCAGACGGGAGUAGUUCGCGAGAAUUACCUGUGGAAGGUUCUGCUGCGCCGGGGAGCCACCAAGGAUGGUCUGUUUCAGCACGUGUUCGGUCCCAAUCACGAUCGCGAACUGUUCCGAAUUAUUCAAGGAUCGACGCUGGCAGCGCUUAGUUUCAUUUUUGACAAGAGUCCGGACAACACCCUGCUCUAUCAAAAAGCUAUGAACGGGUUCAUCAAGUCGGCGGUAAUCGCCUCGCACUACAGCCUGCACGGGGACUUUGAUGCGCUGGUGUUGACGCUGUGUAAGUUUACAACGCUGCUGAAUCCCCCGGUCGACGUGCACGAAAUUACUACCAACGUGCUGUUCGGGCAGAAUGUGAAGGCUCAGCUGGCGAUGAAAACGGUGUUUGCGUUGAUUCAUGAUCAUGGAGAUUGCAUGCGAGAAGGUUGGAAGCACAUCGUGGAUGUCGUUCUUCAGCUUUUCAGACUCAAACUUCUACCGAAGACUUUAAUGGAAGCGGAAGACUUCUGUGAAGCUGGUGGUAAGGUAGCUCUGAUUCGUGAUCAGAAUCAGCUUCCCAAAACGGAUGCCGGUUUGCUGAGCAGUUUGUACUCUUACCUGAGCAACGACAGCCAACGGCAACCAUCUUACGAAGAACAGGAAAUCAUCAAACUAUCGAGACGAUGCAUUAAAGAGUGUCAAAUCGAUCAGAUCGUGAAUGAAUCCAAGUUCAUGCAGUUUGAAUCGCUAGUAGAGCUUGUCAAUGUUCUUCUAGGCAUGAUCAAAGCUCCCGAGAGUCACAAAUCCGUCGGACUGUGGUACGCGGAAAAUACGGUGGUCUUUCUGCUGGAGUUAUUGGUCAAGAUUCUGAUUCAGAACAGGGAUCGCUUACUGCCGAUCUGGAAACCCUGUCAAGAUCAGCUCUAUCUAUUGCUGAGCGGUGCAUCUUCCUGUGAUUACACCUAUCUGCUACAGCGGACUACCGUGGCACUGCUAAAACUAGCCAUUUAUCUAAUGCGCAACGAAGAAAUCUGCUCGACAAUCCUUCAGAGUCUAAGGAUGCUGCUUCUUCUAAAACCAGCCGUCAUUUGGUCCAUCUCCAAACCAAUCUCCAUCGGUAUGUACGAGCUACUAAAAACCAGCGCACAAAACAUCCAUUCAGAAGCUGAAUGGAUCAUUGUGUUCACCAUUCUUGAGUGCGUUGGAGCUGGUGCUAUACCACCGGAGUAUGACGAGGCACCCUCUAUAUCGGGUACAAAAUCCGACGGCGCUCUGAGCAGCGAAGAAGAUUCGGGACUACCCGACCGAGGUUACAUUUCAGAUUCCGAACUGAAUGCCAUAAAGAAUGGACAUUCGCCCAAUUCCUGCACGCCACUGAUCAGUCCAACCGGAGACAACUGGAUUUUGGUCAACAAGGACGCCGAUAUUGUUUCGUCUCGAUCAUCAUCCCCAAAACAUUCGAUCCAAUACCGCUGUAAACUGCUGGAGCACUCUCCCUUCGCACUGGUCAAAUGCUGGGAAAGUUUGGCUUUCAUUGUCCGGAACGUAGCUCACAUCACACCGUAUAACUUUGAAAGCUGUGUCCGUUGCAUUCGUACCUUCGUCGAAGCAUCGAUGAACGAUGGCAAGGAGAAACGUCGCCGACACCGACGGAUCGGCGGUAGUGGUAAGAAUUCUCGGAAUAAAAAUCGUAAAAAUGAUAGCAGCGAUAGUGAAACGGAGGAACUUCCCGAAGCAUACGAGUCCAUUUCGAUUCAGCUGCUUGAUUUGAUGCACACUCUUCACACCCGGACGGCGCAAAUCUUUCGCUGGUGGGCUGAAGAGGGGGGUUCACUGCCGCAGUGCUCAGCCCUCUGGUCACAGGGUUGGUGUCCGCUGUUGCAGGGCAUUGCCCGGUUAGCUACUGAUCAGCGGAGGCAGGUUCGAACGAGUGCAAUCACCUGCCUGCAGCGAGCUUUGUUGGUUCAAGACUUGCAAACGCUCACCGGAUUGGAGUGGGCUGGUUGCUUUAAACAGGUUCUUUUUCCGCUACUAUCGGAACUGUUGAGUGAGAAACCUGCCAAACCGGCGGAUGCUGGUUUACUGGAAGAAUCCCGGAUGAGAACUGCAACCAUAAUGUCGAAAGUUUUUCUGCAUCAUCUGACGCCGUUGAUCGCUCUUGCCGGGUUUACCGAGCUGUGGUUGGAAAUUUUGGACUACUUUGAGCGUUUCAUGAAGAUCGGUUCGGAUAUGUUGUACGAAGCCGUGCUGGAAAGCUUGAAGAACAUGCUGCUGGUGAUGCAUUCGGUCUGCGUGUUCCACAACAGCGAUGGCAUUACACAUUCCACUCUAUGGGACGUUACGUGGCAACGUAUCUCCGGUUUUCUGCCGCAUCUGAAAGAAGAACUGUUUAAAAGUGACGCACCAAAUACUAAAGCCUACAGCACGACAACGCUCCCAUCUUCCCCGGUACCGCCACUGUCAAUAGCUGCACCAAGCGUUCAGCCACAAACAAGCAUCGUCCACCAAAACCCACAACUCCUUCCAACGGACGCUUGUGCCCGUGUGCCAACAGGAACAAACAAUCUGCUAAUCAGCAAUACAAACACGAUGUGUCCAUCGCCGAUCGUUCCCCAAGUCCCAUUGGAGGCAUCCGUGCUGAUGACCAAAACGGAUGUUGUGCAAGCAACUCAAACUGUUUCAACUCCAACCCAUACUCUGGAACCCUAUCCCACAAGCAGCCCGUCAUCGGAUAUCAAUCGCUACUCCAACAUCAUUGAAUUACCGGUGACACCAUCACCACCUCCCUUCGCUCCGAUGUCAUCUCAUGAACCGGAAUCGGAGCCACAGCAUAUCCCGCCAGAAGCAACACAGAAUCCUCCGGUACCAAUCAGCCAUCUUCUAGCACGUAACCAGUACCCAUCCUUGCAAAACGUACCGAUCGGGAUUGCUCAAAGCUACGCGCCAAUGUUCGUUCAACCGAGUCCGGCUCCGGUCGAUGGUUCGGACAUCUACAAUGACUACAUGAACGAUCCGUACAAUCUGACGCUUCAAAUCGAUCAAAGCCCAAAUCCCUCCAGCCUAGAUCAGCAGCAACUUCCCUUAGUGGAGCACCAGGAACAACAACAACAGCAGCAGCAGCAGCAACAGUCGCCACCACCAGCAAUGCAAAAUGUAUUCCAAUCGGCUAGCUAUUUCAGCACGAUCCAGUUCGGCCCCGGUCGGAUACCUCCAGGUUCGGAAAUUUUGUUUGGUGAACCUUAGCGCAGAUGACAGUCACUAGAAAGAAGGCAGCGGAUUCUAAUAUGAAUUUCUUCUUUUUCUCUUCACAUUCCUUGCAUGCUUACACGGAAUUCGUGGGGAAAAAUCUGUUUUAAUCCGUAGAAACCGACGACGACUAGGAAAUCAAUAAUUAAUAUAUCCUGCUCAUGCUGGUAUGAGUCGAUAUAGUUUGGAAAGAAGAAUAAAGUAAACUUAUGUAGGUAAAAAUGAUAGAAUUUUCUGCAAAAAACGGUCCAUUUCACAACAUUGGAUUUUUAAUGUAAAGCACUUGUAUUAUUUGAAGUAACACGAUAAAACUGUUGAUAACUAUGAAAUACCUAUAUAUUAUUAUUAUACACAUUUGUGAAAUAUGAAAAAAAAAAACGUAAAUGUUGGCUAGACUACUAUUACAAAGAGAUCCAGAUAAUAUAGGGAACUGUCUUUUUGUUGACAUUUUUUAAGUUCUGUUUACGAAAAAGUUGUUUUACAAUAAUUUUAUUUGGUAGAAAAGAGUAUAAAUAUACAAGUACACGUAAAGCAAGGGAAUAACAGUUACAAACUUACCAACAA